GAUCUCAUGAAACUCCUUGCGUGAAACAAUACCUCAUUGGACUCGCCUCUUUUUUUUUUUUUCCUUCUGUGGUUGGAACCUUUUCCUUUGGUCGUCUUUGAUUUUCUGUCUCUCUGGUUAACGUUGUUCUGAGGAAGGAACAAGUGGUUUCUUCCCUUUUGUCUGUGAAGGAAGAGGAUUUUGGGUGGUUGGUUUUCAUUGGGUUGUGCUUUCUGUCAAAGUUUUUGACUCUGAAAUGGAGAGAGAUUUCAUGGGUCUGAGCUCAAAAGAACCACUAGCUGUGGUCAAAGAGGAGAUGAAUGAUGAUGGGUGCAACGACUCAGGCUUCACGAAGGGUUCGGUUGCACAAUGGCCCUUCUCGAACAAAGUCUCUGCUCUUCCAAAUCUGAUGUCUUUCAAGGUAUCUCAAGAUGAUAAGACUAAAAAUAUGGUCUCUGAUCCCAUAACAUCUACUGGGUUUUUGACUAUUUUAAGUCAAGAUGCAUUUGACUCUAGUCAAAAACGCUCUGCUGGUGAACCACUGAAAUCUUUCAAUCAUGAUGGGCAAGGUGGCUUUCAUUUUUCGCUGGCUCCGUAUCCUGCACAGCAUGAUAUGAAGUAUGUGACUUGUCCUCAUGAUGAUGUGAAGACGUUUUCAGUUUCCUCUGGAAAGCCAUUCCUGAAGAAUCAUUUUGCAACUGCUGCUCAGAAUAUGAAUGGUACUAAUGUGAAGCAGCCGCUACUUGGGGGAAUACCUGUUGCAACGCCUCAUUCGGUUCUUUCAACCAUUGGUGCUGUUGCUGGAAUGACCGAAUCAUGUAACAGUGUGAAACCAUCUGCGCCUUUCCCCCAGCUUACCAUCUUCUAUGCUGGUGCUGUCAAUGUCUUUGAUGAUAUUUCUGCAGAGAAGGCACAAGCUAUCAUGUUGUUGGCUGGCAAUGGCUUAUCUGCAGCUUCUAACAUGGCACAGCCAAAAGUUCCGGCACCUGGCUUGAAAUUGGCAGCUGGUGAUGGUGUGUCAGUGAGUCCCCCUGCAAAUACACUACCCUGCUCUGCUGUUUCAAGUCCUCUGUCUAUUUCAUCACAUACUGGUGCACAGUCAGGGAGUGGCUCAAGUAGCACUGAUGAAUUUUUGGCCGCCAAAACAACUGGAGUUCCUACCACUCCUGUUAGCAAUGUCGAGCCUCCAAAAAUAGUCAAUGCAACCACUAUGUUGACGUCAGCUGUGCCUCAGGCUCGUAAAGCAUCCUUGGCUCGAUUUUUAGAAAAGCGCAAGGAAAGGGUGAUGAAUGCAGCACCAUAUAACCUCAACAAGAAGUCUGAAGAGUGUACCACUGCAGAAUACAAUGGUGCUAACUUCUCUGCAAGUACUGCUACUAAUACUAUCUCAGUCAAGCAAGGAUAGUAGCCCGUACCUUUGGGAGAAUAUUUCAGAGAAAAGAAAUUGUUGUAACUUCAAAAAACAGAUGCUAUCAUUUUUCGUUGAUCAAAACUUGUGUUGACUUUUUCAAGUACCGGACUACGUUCAGUACAUAGGUAGGUCAUUCUUAAUUAUUUUGGUGUUGUAGGGCUUUUACCUAAUUAUUUGAGAGGUGGCUCGGAUUUCAGCUUCCGAGCAUUGGACCAUUAUUUAACUCUCACAAUGUUACUAUUUUACAUUUGUGGGGAUAAAAGCUCAUUAAUAUAUUUAUAUUUAUUUAGUGUUAAU